GAGACGAGUGGGUGCGCGCGCUGUCACGAUGUGUGCGCGGGCAUACGUAGGAAAUUCGGCGCGCGAAAGCUGAAGCAGGAAGUGAGAGUGGCUGAAGGGAAACGGCGGCCAGACUGGGAUUUGAAUCUACCAAACUACUUCCAUAAUCUACAAACAUCUAAAUUACUAUGGCAGACACGAAGGAAAAGGAAGAACAUGAAACCCCUGCAGAUAAUGUAGAGGACACCAAUCAUGAUCCCCACUUUGAGCCCAUUGUGUCCCUUCCUGAGCAGGAUGUGAAAACAUUAGAAGAGGAUGAGGAGGAACUCUUUAAAAUGCGGGCUAAACUUUACCGUUUUGCCUCUGAGAACGACCCGCCUGAGUGGAAGGAGAGGGGAACUGGUGACAUCAAGCUGCUGAAACACAAAGAGAAGGGCACGAUUCGUGUUCUGAUGAGGAGAGACCGAACCUUGAAGAUUUGCGCCAAUCAUCACAUUGUCCCAACGAUGGAGCUGAAGCCCAACGCUGGCAGUGACAGGGCGUGGGUGUGGAACACACUAGCAGAUUAUGCUGACGAAAGCCCCAAACCUGAACUCCUGGCAGUACGCUUUUUAAAUGCAGAAAAUGCUCAGAAGUUCAGGGCAAAGUUUGAUGAGUGCAAGGAGGAGGUCAGAAAAAGUCUUGAGGAAACAGGCGAGACUGAAACUGCAAACAAAGUGGCCGAGAAGCUGGAGGAACUGUCGGUAAAAGACAAGGGUUCAGAAGGAAAGAAAGAAGGGGACAAAAAGGAGACUGAGAAGAAAGAAGAGGAGAAAAAGGAGGUGAAGGCCGAGGAGAAGAAUUGAGAACCAAGAACUUGCUUUGCUGAUCUUCAAUUUAUCAGUUUUUCCUCUUUUUCUACAAUAGACUCUAAACGAACUGAAUUUGGACACUUGCAUAUUAUUAGUUUUUUUUUUUAUUAUAUGUUUUGCCUCAAGAUCACAAGUCCUUGAUGCCACCGGGGGGGAAAACAGACAAGAUAGUGAAUUAAUGAAACUAAGAAGCCCUUUCCAUCCCACCCCUCCUCUUCUGCACUGUGGAACCCCACACUUUGCAUCAAUGUCAUCCACAGGUCAACAUUACUUCUGACAAACUGUGAAAAGAGGCUUGUGAUAGUGAUAAUUCCCACAUUGGGCUAACUUUUUGUUUUGUUAUUCUGAAGCAGAGUUUGUUUGUAGGGGGAGAGGAUAAUGUAGCCUGCUCAACAGCAGCACAGGGUCAGGGACCAGGCAUUAUUAUGGAGGUGCAUUUUCAGUUUAAAAUACCAUUAUGCACCCUGUCCACUGUCCAUGCUUCCACCGCUAUAAACAGCAAGUAAGGUGAAGACUUUUCAGUGGAUGCCUUGUAGAAAUAGUUUCUUCUUGGUUCCUUCUUCCUUUGGUUCUGCUUGGAACUGACCAGAAGAGGAAUCAACUUCAGACAGUUGAGGGCCAUCAGAGUCCCGCUGCAGACCGCAGCCUCCACUGAUAGCUGACUGAUAGGAGAUCAGAUGCACUUAGCUAAGCAUUUCUCUUUCUUCCUUUUACUUUAAACAUUUGAAAUCAUAAGUCCAAAGUCAACGGUUCAGCAGAGUUCAGCGCAGCUAUACUCUGUCUCAAGUUCUUCAUCAGGAAAACAAGUUUUCUUUACACCGUAACAUUCCCAAACUUAAAGCAUGUAGAGUUUAUGUAACAGAGUGUGCCCUAUCUGACCUGUGUGCUCAGCACCCUCUCCUUUUCUUUCCACUAAUUGAGUUUUUAACCUUGCCUCUAAAGCGCAUCGAAGUGCCAGUGCAUCUGUAAAUACAUGUAUAUGGAAGAAAUGUUACUUCUCAUUUGCACUCAAAUGAUUCGAAAUGUUUCCUCCACCUUCGAAUAAAAGCUGUCAAAGACCACA